CUCUUUAACACAUCUAAGAGAUUUAAAAAAAAUACUUUGUGAAAUUAUUAUUUUCUUGAAUUUUGUCUUUAAAAAAUGGCCACCACUAGCAAUUCAGUCUCUACAUCAGCCAAAAGGCUAGAAGGUAAAGUAGUAGUUAUUACUGGAGGUGCAAGUGGAAUUGGUGCUACUACUGCAAAAUUGUUUGUCAAAAAUGGUGCUAAAGUUGUAAUUCUUGAUGUUCAAGAUGAUCUUGGCCGUUCAUUUUGCAACGAAAUCGGGCUAGAACACAUCUCGUACGUCCAUUGCGAUGUCACGAUUGAAAAACAAGUCGAGGAGGCCAUAGAUUUUGUAGUGUCAAAGUACGGAAAGAUUGACAUAAUGUACAACAAUGCAGGCAUCACAGGAAGUAUAUCUUCAGGAAUUACUACAACGGACUACGAAAACCUGAGAAAAGUAUUUGACAUAAAUGUGUUUGGCGCCUUUCUAGGCGCCAAACACGCGGCUCGAGUGAUGAUCCCGGCUAGAAAAGGUGUCAUUCUCUUCACGGCGAGUGUGACAGCUGUUGUAGCCGGGAUGUCCCCACACACAUACGCGUCUUCUAAGCACGCGGUAAUCGGGCUAUCGAACAAUUUAUGUGUGGAAUUAGGGCAAUAUGGUAUAAGAGUAAAUUGCAUUACACCACAUGUUGUGGCUACACCAAUGUUAAGUAAUUUUGUUGGUGGAAUUGAUCAAAGUAAAGUAGAUGAAGCAGUUAUAAAAUCAUCUAACUUGAAAGAAGUAAAAUUAGAAACAGAAGAUGUUGCUGCUGCUGCUGUUUAUUUGGCAAGUGAUGAGUCUAAGUAUGUUAGUGGAUUAAACUUAAUGAUUGAUGGAGGUUAUAGCAAAACUAAUCCACUUUUUUCAAUGUGUAUUAGAGAGAUUCUUAGUGGCUUUUAAUCAAGAUUUUUGGGAUUUGUUGUCUUGUUAUAAUGAAAUAAUAUGUUGAGGAUUUGAUUCGGUUUGCCACUCAGGGUUCGGAGUCUGAAUUGUCUUGUUAUUUAAUAACAAAUUGAGGUCU